UAUUUGCAAGCGAAAACACAUUUAAGAUGGCUGAAUUUUUAAUUAAAUUAUUUAAAAUGUGUUCACCUUUUGCGAAUAAUAAGAAAUAUUGCUUGUGAAAAGUAAAACUAGUGAAAAGCGAAAAAAAAAAAAUCACAAAAACCGUUUUAGGUAAAGCUAAGUUAAACCUUGCGAUCGAUGGAAGUGGCGGCUAUCUAGCACGUGUCCAUUCUGGCAUCAGCCGUUUGGUGUAUGCAACUUUUGACGAGCCGUUUCAUUAUACUAUAUGUAAAUAUAUAUAUUGCUAGUUGCAUCUCACGUUAUUCGGUCAUAUGAUGUGAAGUCAUUUAAAUUAUAUACAUAUAUACAUAAGUAAUGUAUAUAGCGUUAACCGUGUAGUUGUGAAAUCUGUAAUUUGGAAGAUGAAUUACGAAAACAAGAGUGUUCUACAGCAAAUGAGAUUCGAUGUCGAAAAUUACUUAACAAGUAAUCAGUUUGAAUAAAGUGGUGAGUUCCGAAAUUACAUAUUCGGCAAGUGAUACGUUACACGUUAGUUCAACUGACGUAUUUAAGGUGUGUGCAAAUACUCGGAAUAUAAAACCAACAAGCAGCUAUCCUAGGAAGCCACAAGCUACUACCAAUUUCGAGCUAUUUGGUGUCCAAUCGAUAAUUACGUGCAGAACAAACAUUUCAGCUAUUAAAUCAACAAUACUUUUGAAUGAAAUUAAUGUGAUUGCCGCACACAGCAAGACUAAAAUAAAACGCUGCAAACAAAUCGUCAUUCCAAUGCCAAAUUUGGCUGUCAGUUACACGGGCAGGACAAUGUGAAAAUAUCGACACAUAGGUGAAAGUCAACAAUGGGGCAAUGACAAGCACGGCUGUUAAAGAGUGCAGAAAAGCGAAAAGUGCUCGCGCAUAAGACUUGCUCCACUACGUGUAUAAAACAAAGGAGAAGUGGCCGUGGAGUGAAGGGCGCCAGUGUUGGUUUUGAGUUACACAAAUUGCUGUCGAAAAUUAAAAGGCAAUCAUGCUGAUGGAUCACUUGCGUCGCUUCGGCUUGCUCUUCAGCACCCAUUUGUUGCUGCUUAUGCUGCUAGAGACCAAAACAAUAUGUGGGGAUGUGCCGCCUCACUAUUGGGAAACACCUUAUUCUCAGCCCUACUUUGACAACUCGUCGAGACGUGAAGUGACAGCGACAGUGGGCCAAGCAGCGCUCUUGCAUUGUCGCGUGCGCAAUUUAGGCGAUAGAGCGGUGUCCUGGAUACGUAAACGUGACCUGCAUAUACUCACCGUCGGCAUACUCACAUACACGAAUGACCAACGAUUCCAGUCGCUGCACACCGAGGGCUCCGAUGAGUGGACACUGAGGAUAUCGUCGCCGCAGCCAAGAGAUUCUGGCACAUAUGAGUGUCAAGUGUCCACAGAGCCAAAGAUAAGUCAAGGCUUUCGACUGAACGUAGUGGUGUCUCGUGCAAAAAUUCUUGGCAAUGCGGAACUUUUCAUCAAAAGCGGCAGUGACAUAAAUCUCACCUGUCUCGCCAUGCAAUCGCCCAUACCGCCAUCCUUUAUAUAUUGGUAUAAGGGUAAACGCGUUAUGAAUUAUUCACAACGUGGCGGCAUCAAUGUCAUAACGGAGCGUUCGACGCGUACCAGUAAAUUAUUGAUAGCCAAGGCAACGCCAGCCGAUUCUGGGAAUUAUACAUGCUCGCCGAGCAGUUCAGAUUCUGCAUCGGUUGUGGUGCACGUCAUCAACGGUGAACAUCCGGCCGCCAUGCAGCACGGCAACAGCAGCGCUAAUCGCCUCUCCAGCACACUACACGGCUAUCUCCAUCGAAUAACUCGACGCGCGCUCACCACACUGGCCGCAAGCUUUACCCAAGUAACAACAAUAGCUAAAUGUCCAAGUGCACAUCCUUUGGUCACUGGCCUGCAGCAACGACAGACAGUGUGGCCGAUGACGUUGUUCUGGCGCUUGCUACAACAACUGCUGCUCGCCGCGGCCACAACAAAUUGGUGCAUCAUGUCUGUGGGCUGGUUGCUCUCCAGGUGGGCCCUGCAAUGCGGUCAAUGGCAGCACCGUCAACCACAACUGCAACAACAACAACAAUUGCAAAUGCCGAGACAUGAAGUGCGACGGCCACUAGAGACGCAUUGCUGGUGUUGGUGGCGGCAUUGGCGGCGAUGGUCGGCUAGCGCUUCGGUGCUUAGGUGAUUGCAAAAUUGAGCAAAAGCGCUCAACUAAUCGAGUAUGGACCGCUACACAAUGGCAUGUAGAGGAGCAUAUUGACUGCGAUUUUACACGUUUAGUGAUUGUAGUUGUAAUUGUAUAUAUGUAGGUAUACGUAUUAUUAUUAUAUUGUUUUUUUCCACACUUUUGUUACACCAAUCGCUCAGACUCGCUACGGUUCAAACAUGUAGCUGCAUUUUAAAACUAUGUGUGUGUAUUAGUGCGAGUCGAUUUGCAAGGGAACGAAAAAUCUGGAAAAAUCACCUAUGCGGGAAAUGUUAAAGGGAUCAUUCUGAGCAAAUUUGCCUAAUAGACUACGGGUCUAAAACUGGUUUCGAUAUAGCGAUUUUUAGGAAGCAGUUUUUCAAGUAUCACAAAGCACUUUUCCAUCAAAUUUUGAUAUAACUAAAUAAAGUGUUUAUAUGAAGAUGUAAUUUGAUAUUCCAUUGCUCAUUUGUCGAAAUCGAACGGAUAACUACAUUUUCUAUAAUUUUCUA